AUGGGGCCACGCGGGUACUUGCCACCAUCGCGCCUCCCGGCCGACGGCCGCCCCCUCCCGACACUUGGAGGACACAAACGCGUUGUCAGGCCGGGCCACCGCACUGCACCGCGGGCGGAGCGUCAGACCCCCAGCGCCCCUGGCACCACCUCCUGCCCCUGGGCUCGGUUUGUUCCGUUUGCCCAGAGGGCUGAGCCGAGUCACCCGCACAAGAAACCCCGGUUCAAACCCGCGUACCAGAAGCUCCUUCCCCGCCACCCCGCACGCUCCCCGUCCCCCGCAUGCCCGCUGCUGCGCCGGGCCCGCUCGGGCUGCCGGCCAGGCCCCUCCCCUGUCCGCGUCGGUCGUGAGGACUCGAACACGCUCCCGCACGGCUCAAGGAGGCCCUCGGUCCCGCGGCGGGGGCACCUCGGCCGCGCGCGCUCGCAGCCGGGCGGGGAGUCGCCAGCGCCGGCCCGACGCCGGGUUUUCCCGCCGGGCUGCGGGCUCGUGCAGGGGAAGGGACACGGCCGGCGGGGAAGGGGCGAUCCGCGAGUCCGGACCUCCCCACCCCGCACGCUCCCUGCCGUCCGCGCCUCCUUCAGCGCCGGGGCGCGCGCUCGGUGUCGCCGCCAGAGGUCGGCGCGGCGGUGUCCCCGCGCUCGGAAGCCAGCGGGACACCCACAACCAGAACUUUCUCUCGCGCGCGAACGCGGCGUCCCCCCGCAGCAGCGGGCCCGGAGGGGACGCACGCAGGGCUCCGGGGGACGGCGCUGCGGUCCAUCGACCUGCACACCGCGGGCGCACGCGGAGUGCCCGAAAGUAGAGCGAGUCCCGCCGGGAACACUGCGGGGACCCUGGAGGAGCACCGCGCGGGCGUCCCGCACGCUAAGCGCGCCCGCAAGUCCCACAGCCGCGUCGUCCCUGCUCCACCCGCACCGCGUCCGGCCUCCUGCUCGGGACCCGCCACGUCGUCCACGCGCUCCGGGACAGUCGGCCCCGAGCCCCCUCCCCGCACACGGGAACCGGCGCGGGCCUCCGGGACCACAGGCACCCCCGGCCACCCCGGGUUCUGCUCCGGGCGCCGAGGCGGCCCGCGGGGAGUGGACCCGGCGGACCCCCGAGGCGGCCGAGGAGCGCCGCCCUCCCCGCCCCCACGCCCACUCGGCCCGGCGCCAACAAAGGGGGGUCGCGCCGCACCAAGUUUCGCUCGGGGUCGUGUCGCUGAGACCCGGCGACGUCUUGCGGGUCAGUCCCGUCGCGCCCGCGCCCCCUCGGCGGCGCCGGUCCCCCCGCUCCCCGCCCCUCCCCCCCCAGCCGGACACGCGCCCCAAGUUACCACAAAGGGCGGACGAGGGGGUCCCGGAGCCGCGCGCCGGCGGGUCCCGCCCUCGCCGGGCUCCGCGUCCUCCCGGCAGCCGCGCCACCGCGGUCAACAGGUCUUCGCCGCCUCCGGGCGGGAGGACGACCCCGCGCUCGCGCCGCCCUCCCCCUGCAACCUGCCCGCCCGCGCCCCGCGCCCCCCUGCCCGGCGCCCUUCCCGCGCACCCCGGCCGGACUGGGUUCCCGCCCGCCGAGGCCCGGCACCGCGCGGCCGCUCCUUACCUCCCGCGCCGCCGCAGUCGGCCGCGCUGCGCGUCCUCGGGGCCCGCCGGCUCCGCCCCCGCACGGAAAGUUGCCGGACGUCGGCGCGGACUCCGCACCCCCGGCCGCGGCCCGCCCGCCCCCCGCGCUGCCCGCCCCGCCGCCUCUCGCGCGGCCGGAGCGCUCACUGGCGCGGCGGGGCUGCCUGCGCGGGCCUCGGGCGGGGCCAGCGGGACGCGGGGCGCCCCCUGUCGGCCGGCGGGAGCGCCGGUGGCAGCGCGGGAUCCCCGCGAGCGGGACCGGCUGCGGGUGCUGACGGGCUUCCGGGUGCGGGCGGGCGGAGGGGCCGAGGGGGGCGCGGGAGAACCGGCCCGGACAGCGGAGGCCUUUCCCGACCGGCGCCGGGACGGAAGCGAAACCACGCCCCCACCGCGCCUCGCCCCCCCCCCUUACCUGGACCCCCCACCCCCACCCCGGGCCCCAGCGAGGCUGUGCCCUCCCCGUGCGCUCCGGUCCCGCCCCGCCGUGAGACACGCGACCCGCCGCCACGGGCACAUGCCCCUCGGAGCCCAGAACUGCGCGCGGGGCGUGCGGGAGACACGGCCAGCGGCCUCCCCGCGCGCGCGCGGACCGGGAAGGCGCGACCCUAAAGCGCGGGGGCCUCGACGUGUGUCCGAGACGCCCGGGACGGAGGCUGCGAGGGUUCCGUUCGGAGCUGAGCAUAGACGGUCAAGGGACAGCGCCUGUGAGGCCGGCGGAGGGGAAGGGCCGCCGUGCGGUGCGGGGCCUGCAGUCGGACAAACAGACUCUCCCAGACCCCGACGCCCCGCUCCGCGCCCGCGACGCCCCGCAGGAUCCCAGCUGCCGAAAGCGCUCGUGCGGUCAGACGGACAGAGGCGCGGCCGCAGCGGCGGGAGCAGAGCAGGGUCAGCGCAGAGAAGGCGCCCGGCGUCCACGCGGUCGGCGUCCACGCGCCCGGCGUCCGGUUCUUCCCACCGCACUUCACCGUCCGGAGAACAAGGCGGUACCCGGACCCCCCCCCACCCCGACUUGUUGACUGAAGCAGUUUUCUUCCCGCCGACGCCUUUCCCGCGGGAGAAGACGCGGCCUGCGGUUUCCGGAGCGGACGCUAACCUGAGGGAACACGCGGCCCUCGUCGACUCUCACGGUAAAUGCGACGUGACCACAGUCCUGGACCCCAGCGGACCCACCUCAGACCCCGUGAGUGAGGAGAGCCGGAGCCACUACCGGACUGAGGCCUCUUUGGACGUGGUCAGGGCGGCCCAUCCGGUCUUCCUUGUUACCUUAUUCCUAAGUAGCGGUCAGGAAGCGACGCGCGCUGUGGACAGUGAAGACCAGGGCGGUCAGUCCGCGCCGGGCCGCGCCGGGCCGCGAGGCGGCGGCUUCCCUCACGGUGUCACGCACGUCCGCGCUCUGCUCGCGCCGCGGGGCUCUGCGCUUGACCGAGAAGCCCGGGUCCGCGAGAGCGUCCGCAGACCCCCGGAGCGCGCGGCCCGCAUCGUGAGGAGCGCGAGACCCGCGUCGACCUGUCGCAGCUCAGCGGGACGGGUGCGGGCCGCGAGACAGACCGGGCUCCGGAGAUCACGCGCCGUCCGCGCUUCCCGACGAGGUAAGGGAGAAUUCCCGCAACCCGCGCUUCUGGCUCGCCUGCUUCCGGCUUGGAGAGCGGUUCUUCCGGGCGCUUCCUCGGUUGACGCCGAGACCCACCCACUGAAGUCGUUUCUGGAGGACGUCGGGCGGCCCGGUCUGUGCGCCUUUCCGCGGGGCUUAGAAGCUGCCCGAAAAGAAACGCUAGAUGCUGUGACGCGCGUCCGUCAUGGCCGACGAAGGGGGGUGAAUCCCCACCGCGCUCCUCCCGUCACGGCACGCGGUGCUGAACGCGGCUCGUUUUUGUAUUUUCUCCCCGUGUUGACAUUCUCCGAACUGGCUACGGCUGUGUCUUUCGUCACCGGACGUGACACGAGCUGUUCCGUGAGGCGGCUCGGAGGUGCAGACACGCAAGGACGCCGAGAACCAGGUUGUCAGAAACGCUGCAACCGGACAGGACGAGGCGCGCGGCCAGGUCUGCUACGGAAGAGCGAGCCGCGGAGGGCUUCGCGGGCCCCGCGGGCGCCGGCACUACCGGGCGCCUAA